UUGGAGGGGUUUUUAGGGGUCUGUAAACUGCAGUCCUCCGCCUUCAUCCGUUAACACGGCGAUUCCUUUUCCAAAUGAAGUUGUUACAGACAACUUCCUCGAAUCAAUUCUCAUCUGGCUGAGAUUGGAUUGAUCCUCGCUGGAGCUCGAGUCAUUCGGCAGAAGAUGGCAUAUCGACACGUGUAAGCAGAGGCACGGCGCGCUCCGCGGGAGGAGUGGGAGGCUUUUAUGGCUGCAUCUGCCUCCCCAGAGGCGACGGCUAAAUACAUAAGAUGGAUAUGUUGUUGCAGAGGCAUCAUGGGUGGCAACGCCGCGUGACGCGCGGAGCUGUCUGCGGGGUGAUGAUGGCUCACAGGCUUUAAGCUCCCCGCUGCCUCCGCUUGCCAUUUGGGCCUAAUGGACUCUGAUGGAAAAUGAUUGUUGCAGAGACCCCCACCCCCAACAUACACAUACACAACACAGACACACACACAACUCCACUCAGCCUAAACUUCUUGCGCGUAGAAAACACCGUCUUUGAGCAAAAGGUGGUGGAAUAUUUACAAACUGGAGUGAUCGCUGGGGGGACUGUCACUUAUUUGCGAUAAAAUGCGUGUAUAUUUAAAGUUGGAUUACUUUUAAUGAGUGUUGUAAUGACUUCUCCACGCCUGUGCAUCGUCAGAAUCCCCAGAGGAGAAGCGAGCGGCGCAGAGAGGCCACAGCCCCGCCCGCACAGAGAAAACACACGGAGGGAGGGAAGGAUGGAGAGAGAGGGGGUGUGCUUCCACCAAAUCAGGGUGCAAUUGAGUGAUGCUGCCGCCAUAGGUGCAGGUUACACGAGAGCUCCGGUCAUAAACAGACGUCCAGUUGCUGCGCGUAGAGUCUGCGUGACGCACCGGGGGUGAGGGCGCACAGAGCGCAGAGCCAGCUGAAGCGGGGGGACCAGCAAGUUGGCAUGCUGAGCGAUAUCUGCCAAGGAUGGACCAGCUUGUAUUAUAACAGUUGAACGGGAAAGGAGGGGAGAAAGAAGAAGCGCAAUCUUUUUUACCCCGGAUCUGCCUCCUCAUCCUCGUCCUCUUCACUGUGGGACAAAAUGGACCAAAAGCGGAGAUUCGUCGUGAAAGAAGCGGAGCAAAACAUCCGGUAAAGAAAUAUGACUGCCGACUUUGACGCUGUCUCCUGUCCGCCGCUGAGCACCGAUAUAAUAAAGAGAUUCGGAUGAAUUCUGGAGUGCAAUCAGUUCACAUCAGCCAGGACGGAUUGGAUUCCAGUCGAGCGGCGCAUCCACGGCCCCGGGAGCGCGUAAUGGAGGAAAAGUUUCGGAUCUGGUAGAGGAGACGCGCUCGUGAAUGACGUGUAAAUCUCGCUCCACGUUUGGUGACAGAAGAAGUUUGAAAGUACAUUUCCAAACGUUCAGCAUGACUUGAACACCCCGGGGGGUGUCGAAUCUCUCAUCAGGCCGGUAAACCAUCCAUGUCCCGGUGACUAACUUGUCCAGAGACGCGCGUGCGGACGUUGAUGCUUUCUGCUGCAGCGGCAACGCAGUGAAAGCCCGAUUCCAGUCAGAAAGUGAGCCUUCCUCUUCUUCCCCCCUCGGAUAUCUGAUGAUGUGCCAGCUGGGGCAGAAGUGUGUGAUGGAGGUGGUGCUGCUGACCAUCCUGUCCUGGAUGUCCGUGUGGGCCGAGGAGAAGAUCAUAUUUGACAGACACGCUGUUUACUGGAACAGCUCCAAUCCCAAGUUCUGGCAUGGAGAGUACAGAGUGGCAGUGAACAUCAAUGACUAUCUAGACAUCUACUGUCCUUACUAUGAAGGUCCUCCAUCCCAUGGUCGAAUGGAGCGCUACAUCCUGUUCAUGGUCAACCAUGAGGGCUACACUACCUGCCAGCACAGGAUGCGUGGUUUCAAGCGCUGGGAGUGUAACCGGCCCAGCGGCGCCGACGGGCCUCUGCGUUUCUCGGAGAAGUUCCAGCUCUUCACUCCCUUUUCCUUGGGCUUUGAGUUCAGGCCUGGACAUGAAUACUACUACAUUUCGUCUCCUCACCCAAACCACGUGGGGCGGGCCUGUCUAAAGCUGAAGGUGUAUGUCAGACCUCCAGAUGGUUCGGGAUACGACUCCCCGGAGCCCUUCCUGACUGAUGGAGGAGCCAGCUCCAGGACAGGGUGCUUGGCCUUGGUUGCAGCUUCGGGUCUGGUGUUCCUGGGACUCUAUCUGUGGCUGUGACUCCCCCCACCUGACUAUGUGGAGCUCCAAACCCAGGAUGAAGGCUGGGCUGGCUGUCCCUCUAAAUCCACCACCCCUCAGGGAAGCCCUCUAACCCAUCUUUCCACUUCCACCUGACCACUGACUACACCCACUGCCAGUCCCUUUCAUAGCCCCAACCAUGCACAUCCUCCCCAGGCAUGGCUACAAGGGCUAAGCUGCCCUUCAUCUCCGAUCUCUGAAUUCUGGGUGGAUCAGCACAUCUCAGAGGAGGAAAGGUCUUCAUAUCAGGGGGGGCUUGUUUGAUUUGACUGCAGACUCUGGUCGUCGUUGGCGUGAAACUGUAGCCAUGAUUAAACUUGUCAUCCCCAGUUGCGCCCCUGUCACCAGUGCCGAUGCAUUCAGCAACAGACGUGGAUGCACAAACAUUUUAGGUCAUUUUUGCACCAAUCUCAAAGUUUUGCAACCUCCAAAAGCAAAAAAAAUGAAAUGUUCUUACUGUUAUUGUUCAAGAGAAGAGCCGAUUUCAUUUUGAGAUGACAAGCGUAAUCAUAGCUAAUGAUAGCACCGGGGGGGUGGGCUUGCACUCUGGUCAGAGAUGUAUAUUUUCAGGUGGGGCUUGUUUUUUUUUGUUUUUUUUGUCUUUUUCAUGUUUCUAAACAAAGCAUUUAUCACGGCCUGGCAGCACAGGCUCCUCCAGCACCGUCUGAUGUCGACUGGUUCGGGUGACUUUUGGACCAAGACUUUCUCUUGUAUGAAUGUACCACUGGUCACCCACCUUUAUGUCUUUGUGUAUUAUUGUGACUAUGGUCACUCACAGUACCUUCUCUCGGACUGGCAGGACUGAACAGGUCUGGGACUUGGAGGUGGGGUCUGGGGAGUCAAAGUGAGAAUGGAAACGUGGGAAAAAGGAGGUGACACUCAAGUUGCAUGACCACUGUGAAACCUUAAGAUCAAUGUUGUUUCUAAUGAUGAUAUAUUUUUUCAUGGGGAAAAAAAAAAUUGGGAAGCGCCCUGCUCCCGCUCUCGUUCUCCCUGGGACUUUUUAGGACAUCAAAAAGGAAAACUCCGCCUCUCUCCUCACACAGUUUCCCCUGUCUGACUUUCAGCCGUUGAUGGAUUAGCUCGAGCCGGGAAGAUAAAUGGACCCGCAGGGUGAAACUGACUGGAAAUCGGCCCUUGGAGCCCAAGUCAGAGCACGAUGGGCGUAAACAAUGACUGAAGCUAGUUCCGGGUCUGCGGGUUAAACCAUUAAGGGAAGCGUUAAGACUGUGGCAAAUGAAGCAAGGUGUUUGCUUGUGUGUGGCAGUGCACCGAAACGCACACAUGCAUGCAGGCAGACAUACACACGUACACAAACAAGGGUGUGGGUGGAAGCACUCAUGAACUAUAAGGGGGAAACGGCACAAAGAGAGGGGGAGUUAGAGCAUUUGCAUCAAGGGUCUGGGACUCGACGAGUAAGCACUGUGAACACACACAUCCAGAUACCAACACCUACUGACAUUGUAGAGAAACAAGUGCAGCUCUAGACAUUUACAAAGACAUAGCAUGGACAUACACACAUGUACAAAGACACACAAGAAAACACAAACAAGGGAAAAAGCUUUUUUCCCCGUAUUUCAUCUUAUUUUUGUAGCAUUUAAAAUCACUGUUAAUUACUCCUUUGUGGGAUGCAGUGAUGGGUUAUAGCCUGUGGAGGAUUAAAAAUAAUGUUUUCUCUUCUUCUAUCCACUGAUGCUGUCCUUCUAUUGUUCUUCUUCUUCUCUGGCUUGUGAUCCAUGGUUGGUAGUGGUAGGAGGCCUUCAGGUCUGAGCGUCAUGUAUGAUUUUGUCUUUUUUUUUUUUUUCUGUUCAUGGUGUUUUUGUGGAAGCUGAUUUUAGCCAUUAAAGUCAGUCAACAAGUAAACACAGAAGUCAGAGCAAAGAAGAGAAACACACAAAUAAAGAUUGUCUUUUUGUCUACUCAAAAAAAGAAAAAUGA